AUGGCGUCCCAAUACAUUCAAGUAGCCAAGCCGCCCUCGAAAAACGCCAUCCUCGAAUCCCUCGUCGAAAAUGUCCGCGCCUGCAAUGCGCGCUUACCGCCCGGACGCGACGAGAUGGUCUUUGGUGCGUGCGAACUCAAGGUGGAAAUGCCGCUGCUUCUCAACCGGCCUGGCGCGUGUAGGGAGUCGCCCGCCGAGUUCGAGACCGUCAACGCCCACUUUUCAGCCCAAAUACACGCUUUCAUCAACGCACUGCACGCCCUCGAGGACAUGGCAGACAAAGCGUCCUCGGACGACCUGGACCUCUACCGCCCAGACGAAUGCCUUCGGCCCGUCAUAUGCGUUUCCAAUCAGUCCUUCGAACCCCACCUAGACUGCUUGCACCGCGCCUUCCACACUCGCCGCCUUACCGUCCAGAAUCCGGACAGCCUGCCCCUUCUCAACCGCGUCACUCAACUGCGCAUUCUUCCUGACCGGCAUUCCACCUUUGACCCAAUCAACAUGCGGCCCGUCUCCUUGCGCACGCCCAUCGAACUCAUCACCCGCCUCCCUCAACUUUGCGAGCUGGACUGCCCCUGGCUGUGGGAGCGCCUUCCCGUUGCCUUCACAUCCAAAGCACUGCGCAUCAUUUCCCGCGUCUGGGCAGGUCCUUGGCGUGAUGACCGCACCGAGUUCGCGCGGGCUGUGCGUCAUACCAUGCCCUUGUUGCCGUCCUCCCUCACCAAGGUCCGUCUCUGGUUCUGGAGGCCCAGCUCCCAUGGGGACGAGGUGGACCAAGCGGCGCAGAUGCCCGACCUUGUUGGCGCGUCGUCGUCAUCGUCCUCGACCAACGAGUUUGGAGGCAUGGACCCUGUGUCUCUUGGCUUGCGGGACCUGGGAAGUCGCCUGGAGGAACUAGACAUCCGCGCGCUCAUCACCCCCGAUCUUUUCCCUUCCGGUGGCGACGGUCCGUCAUGGUCACACAUGCGGCACCUCAAGGUGGAAUUCCACCCGUGCGCGCCUGACGGCAGCUGGUACUUUUCCGGCCCGCGAGGGGGAGAUCCCCACGCGACAGGGUUCGCCAUCACGAGAGAGGAGCACUACCCGCCCGGCCAGGAAGAUGACGACGAGACGCACCAGUUGAUGUCCGACGAGGAGGAAGAGUACUGGGGCGACGCACCGGACAUAUACGACCUCCGCAACCCCGACAUGUUCCGUCUUCGCCCCAUCGCGGAACGCAUCAACCCUUUGCUCUUGGCGUUUGCCUCGUCUCUGCAACGACAAAAGAUGCCCGCCCUCCGGGACGCCGAGCUGUUUACGUGGCUUACGUGGCGGCCCUCCAAGGAGAGGGCGAGGGAGUAUGAAGGGAGUGAUGACGUGCCUCCAACUUCGUAUGAGGACGAGACGGUUAUGUUCCGCUGGGGGGUGAGGUACGAGGCACCUGCCGUUGGAAGAGAUGGGAAAGGAAAAGCGACGUGGCAGGUCGGUGAGGACUGGAGGCCAGAGGACCGAGUCAUCAAGGCGUUUGAGGAUCUUGUGUGCGGAGACGGGGAGAAGAUGGAGUGGAAAGCGUUCGAGUUUGUGGAAGAGAGGGAGCAGGAUUUUGAGGACUAUAUCUGAUUCCCAUCAGAUGUGACCACACUCGAAUCUCAAAUUCAAUCAACGAAGGGCCGACAAUCGCGCUCACCGCUACCG